GAAGACAUGCACGGCCCACUAAUACUUUCCCUGGUGCUGUUGCUGUCCAGGAGCAUUCGGGGGGCAUCCGUAGAGCGCCUGGAGACAGAUCCCGAGCUGACGGGCGGCUACAUUGAGGGGGAUAUGGUGCCAGACGGGGCGCAGAGGAACAUUUGGCGCAAUGAAACCUACCGCUGGCCCAAUCGCAUUGUCUACUACCACAUCAAUAGCUACAUUGAUCAAGAGCACCGGAACCAGAUUGUGAGGGCCAUACAGAAGAUCGAGUCCGUCUCGUGCCUCACCUUCCGUGAGGCCAGCACCGAUCAGAAGUACUACGUGAACGUGACGUCGGAAGAGGGCGGCUGCUACUCGUACAUUGGCCACCUCGAUCGCGUCCAGCAGCUGAAUCUGCAGCCCUACGAAGUGGGCACCGGCUGCUUCCGGCUCUACACCAUCGUGCACGAGUUCCUGCACGCCCUGGGCUUCUUCCACCAGCAGAGCGCCGCCAACCGGGACGAGUACGUGCGGAUCGUCGAGGAGAACAUCACCGAGGGCAUGGAGUUCAACUUCGACAAGUACAGCGCGGAGAUGGUCAACGACUUCGACGCGGAGUACGACUACGGCAGCGUCAUGCACUACGGCCCUCUGGCCUUCUCCAAGAACAACGAGAGCACCAUAGUGCCGCUGCAGGAGGGCAUGCAAGAGGUCAUAGGCCAGCGCCUGCAGCUGAGCCAGACGGACAUCGAUAAGCUGAACGCCAUGUACAGGUGUCCCAAAUGAGAUGGAGCCGAGGCCGGGAUUGGGGCGGAGGCUGGUUGCCUUUCAUAUUCCGCUAACGAUGAUAAAUGUACGUCUCCUCCCGCACGGAAUUGCAAUCUG